AUGACUGGAACUUGUGAUGGCGAUAGUUAUAUUCACACUCUAGCUAGUUAUAUCACCUCCCACGAACACCAAUUGGCUAACGCCUUAUCUACUUACGAAAAAAAAUUAAAUAUUCAAAACUCUUCAAAAUCAUCUUUCUCUUCAGCUUCUCUCACCAAUAACAUUCUGAAUACAAACAAUACUACCAAUAAUAAUUCUACCGCAGAUAUUAAUAACAACCAUGCUCACACUCACAACCACACCUCAACCUUGUCUAAUAUUAAUCUCUCUUUAAAUCUCAAUAAAAAACCAGUCAGACUAUCUCUAACUCUACACCACCUUUUCUUUCUUUUGGAAAACUUUCAAAAUAUUGGCAUCCAAGUUGGUCCCAUGAACAUCAGACUAAACGAUAGUGAUGACGAUAUCAUUAACUAUGUCUCCUUUCUAUCUGACUAUUCAACCUCAAACUCAACUCAAAAUAUUCAAUCAAUUAAAUCAAAUAACUACAACUACUCCAAUAACAACGUAAAUAUCAACAAUAACAAUAAUAACAAUAAUAAUAAUAAUAAUAAUAAUAAUAAUAAUAAUAAUAAUAAUACAUUCAAUUCUAACACCACUAAUAACAGUCACUACUCAAACAGCAUCUACAAUUAUAACUCCAAUAAUAUGAACAAUAACAACAAUUACUCAUUUUCUGACACUGCUUCAAUAAAUUCUAUAAACUCUGUUAGAACUGUUAUGACAACCGUAUCCGCUCUCUGGAAAUCAAUCUCAAACCCAAAAUUAUCCUUUUCAAGUAUAUCAAACAACAACUUAUCCUCAAACAUAAAUAACUUAUCAACAACAAACAACUCAAACACAAACACAAACACAAACUGUAUAAAUAAUAACUCUGUCUUUAAUUCUUCUCAAAAAUGUAUCGAUUUAAACUACAUUUACUCUUCCUUCACUAAAUUGCCUUACCUAAGAUUAUCCCCAGAUAAAACUGCUAAAUUAAUUGAAACUUAUCAAGAAUUUCCCUUUGAUACCUCCGUUCCAAUCAAAAUCUUUAAAAACUUGGCCAUUCUAGAAAUAAACCAAUUUAACCCUAUAGAAAUCUUUGGCUGGGAUCAACUAUCUCAAAUCUUAAAAUUCCUUAUUAUCAAAAACUCAAAUCUCGAUAACAUCAAUCUAAUCCUUAAAACAUUAGUUCUUGACGACUUUUACAAUAGAAAAAAUAAAUCAUUCAGUCAAAAACAAAACUCCUCUCCAAAUUUAUCAAUAAACUCAACAAACUAUAACAACAGCAACAAUAUCAACAUAAAUCUCAACAACAACUCAAAUAAUAACAGCAAUAAUUCUUUUCAUCAAUUGUCUCAAUCCUAUUCAAAUUAUUCAAAUAACUUAUCCCCCAAAGCUCUGUCGAAUAAUCUAACCAGAGUUAGAAGUUAUAAUCUACCCUACAAUUAUAACAAUUAUAACAACUUGAAUACCUCUAAUGAAAAUACCUAUUUCAAUAAUGAUCACAAUGAUAUCAACAACAACAACAACAACAACAAUUCAUUUAGUACCUCCCCUCCUUUAUCUACAAAAUUAUUUAAAAAUAACAACUACCAAAUCAAACCAACUCAUCGCAAGAAAAAAAAAAAUAUAAAUAACAAUAAUGAAUCAAAUACUACUAAAAAUAACAGCAAUUCAUCCUCUUCGGAUCUGCUAGGAAAUAAUAAAAACUAUACUAAUGAUUUCUACAUUAACUCAAACUAUAAUUUUACGAACAAUAAUCUAUUUAGCUCAAGCAAUUCAAACUAUAUUUAUAAACAUCGUCACCAACAUAGCAAAAGUAAUAGUGGUCCUAUUUCUCUUGAUGACCAUGAAUUUUUUGCUGACAAAUGGCUAAAUUUAAGAUAUUUAUGUUUAUCUAAUAAUAGUAUAUCUAAUAUCUCAAUUGAUCCUUUAAUUAACUUACCUUCUCUACUAUAUUUGGAUUUAUCUCAUAAUCAAAUCACUCAAAUUUCCUUUGCUUUUAAAUCCUUUAAUAGCUUAAAAUACCUAAAUUUAUCCUACAACAAUUUAUCUUCAACAACUAAUUUUAAAUAUUUAAAAAACUCAAAAAAAUUAUCCGUCAUAAACUUACGAUCAAAUAAAAUCGAAUCUAUAGAAUCUCUAGAUUUAUUAUUGAAUCUUGAAAAAAUUGAUAUAAGAAAUAACAAACUAUCUUCAAUUAUUGAUCUAUAUCCUUUAUUUAAAAAUCACAACACCAAGAAAACUCCCUUAAAAAAUUUAAAUCUUUUGGGAAAUCCUUUAUGCUCAAAAAAUUUUAGAAUUGAAAUAUUCAAUCUAGCCAAUUCAGUUAGCUGGAAUCUAAAAAUCGAUGGUUCUGGUCCAGGUUAUUUGGAAUCUAGAUAUCUUCUACAUGAUAGGAAAGUUCUUGAAUUUAAAUUUAAAAGAUUAUUUUCUGAAGAAUUGACAAAUAAUGGAAAAGAUACAGAAAAUGCCAGUGAUAAUAGCAGUGAUAAUAGUAUAACACAUAAAAUUACUAAUCAUAACAAUGACGAUAAUAUAGAAAAUUUAGUUAGCAAAACUAUAGACAGUAUCGCUGAAAAUAACACUGACAGCAAUACUGACAGCAAUACUGACAGCAAUACUGAAAGUAACACUGACAGUAAUACAGUCGGGAAUAGUACUGUAAAGGUCAGCGAUUCUAUUAAUGAUGAUUCAAAUACUAAUAUUAUCACAAGUGCUAAUAGUAAUUCCAAUAUUCGUAUUCUUAAUAAUAAGUUGUUUAUCGCAGAUAACGUUCCAAUUUCUCAACUGUUUUCCAUAAACGCAUCAAAAUCGACAAAUAACCUAUCGGAUAUUUUAACUGAUAAUACUUUUGAAACAGUGCAAAUUCAAAAAAGAAGACAUAGUGUGAUGGUUCCGUUAUCCGCUUCAAAUAAAAAUUUGAAGGAAUUAUUGAGAAAAAGUCAAGAUUCUGCUUCCACUUGUGCUGAAGAAGUUCUACAAAGUAGAUUGAUGGAAGCACAAAAAGAUGAUUUAUUUAUUGAGCGUCAACCUUCUAUUGCAAGACAUUUAACUUUCUCUGCAAAAUCUCAACCAACUAAAGUGACUGAGGCAAUUGAUAUUAAACCAGCUAUCAAUUCAUUUUAUUAUAAAUCUAAAGCUGGGGCUUCACUUCAGGAUGUUUUAUUGUCACCUCUUUCGGGUUCUUCUCCUAUUAAAGAUAAUUCUAUUACGAAACUUAAAGUAAUUGAACCAACAGAACCUAUAGACAUUGUUUCUGCAACUCCAAAAAUAACUCCCUCUUUUUCAGUUGAUAUUAAUCAAGCAAGAUCAUUUUCUGAGGUACCCUGUAAAUCCCAUAAAGAUGAAAGUAACAGUUACCUUCCUUCACUAUCAUAUGAAAUAAUAUAA